AUGGUGGCGAGGUAUAACUUAUCAAGCAACUCUUGGGUCGACCAAACUUAUAAGUUGAGGAAUUUAUGGGCUCUUGGAUAUUUGAGGGACCAAUUUUUUGGGCGAAUUAGGACAACAUCCCAGUGUGAAGGGAUUAACUCUCUGAUAAAAGCAUAUGUGAGAAAGAAAGAUACCCUUCUAGAAUUCAUCAAUAACAUGGAGACCGUUGUUAGCCAUUACAAGAACAAUGAAAGAGUUGCAGAGUUCAAUAGUAAAUAUACCGAUCCAGUACUUGUGACUUCUUUGCCGACACUUGAAGAUUUUGCUGCAAAGACUUUCACUCGUAACAUGUUCCGGGAGGUCAGGAAGGAAAUUGAGGGUGCUUGUGCUAUGAAUACAGAGUUGGUAAUUCAGGAUGGUGGAAAACUAUACUUCAAGUGUAACAAUUUUGGAAUGCCAGAGAUUGAUCAUGUGGUUGAGUUUGACAGAGUUGGGGGUAUGCUUCGUUGUGAGUGUCUGUGGUUCGAAAAUAGAGGGAUUUCCUGCAUGCACAUAUUCACAUGCCUAAAGCACCAACACGUUGAAGUUAUUCCAGAACGCUUAGUGUGCAAGUGUUGGAUGAAGAAUGCCAAGAGCGAUUUCAUGAAGUCAAACGUCGAUGAUCCAAGUGAUUCUGAUAAGGUACUAAAGUGUCGUUUGGGUGUGUUGGGUGCUGAGUGUUCUAGGUUGAUGGAUGUUGCAAGUAAGAACUCAAGUGAUUUUGUCGAAGCAAUGAAUGAUGUUGUUAACACAAUUACAAAACUCCAAAAUGUGACAGGGCACUACAACAAAAGUUGUCCUAAUGUUUCUGGUAGAAUCCCAAAGGAGCCGGUAGACGAUGAUACAGAAAAGAAUAUCAGCAGCUAUCUUGACAUCCUCACUAAGCGCAAAAGACAUGACAGUAUGAAAAAUCAGCAGAAGAUGGAAAAAGAUAGGAACAUUGGUGGUGGAACAACACCAAUCUCAGCAGCUAAAUUGGCUUUUACUGACAAGUGA